AAAGUGGAUGUGGUAUUUAAAAGUGUUUUCGGGUUUGGGAUGUAUAAAAGCUGGCCAGCUAUAUCCGGUUUGCAAGUCUCGAUAGUUUAUUACCUGGGCUCUGGUCGGGCGAAGCGUGACUUUAGAUCAGAAACUAUUUCCAUAGGCUUUUUGGAUUUAUCUGUUUUUGUUGCUUACGACUCCGACCAGCUUAUCCGAGCAAAAAAGCGGGGGGAGCAGGAGUAUUUAGUAGCAGCUCUAUUUUCCAAAUCUUGUCUUUUUCUUUUCUUCUGCCAUUGCCGUUCAUUUUCUUUUUUAUAACGAGGUUCAUUUGAAAGCCCAGAGGCAUCUGCAAUGGCCGACGUUGAAAUCACUCCUCAAUCCGACGGCCAGCCUAGCGGAAUUAGCCAUGGCGGAACCGCGGAAGAAGAGCAGCACCAGCUCUUUGUUCGAGCUAUUUUAAUGUUGUCGUUGAUUGCCGUUGCAAUGAAUAUCAACGUGUUUCUGCAUAAGAAAAAGUUUCACUAUUUGGGAGAGACGGCUGUGUAUAUCUUGCUAGGUCUGGUUGUCGCGAUGGGAUGGACAGCAAUCUCGUAUGAUGAGCAGAACAAGGCGAUUCAGCUGUCGAGCAAGUUUUUUUACAUGGUGCUUUUGCCUCCCAUUAUUUUUGAGGGAGGUUUUGCACUUCAACGUGUAUCCUUCUUUCAAAACAUUCUUACCAUCACCAUCCUGGCAUUCUUUGGAGCACUGUAUAGCACAUUUGUUACAUCUGUCCUUAUGUACUUUUUCUCCAAGCUUAUCUCGCCCUGGUCAUUUAUCGAGUCCCUUGUAUUCGGAUCGCUGAUUUCCUCAACGGACCCGGUAACAGUCCUUUCCCUUCUCCCGGCCAACGUGGACCGAAGACUGUAUAUGAUCAUUUUUGGUGAAUCUGCUUUGAACGAUGCCGUAUCGAUUAUUCUGUACCGCUUCUUUACAAGCCUGGCGGACCCUCACAUGAGACUUGGAGUUGGAACGUUUAUUUUGGCAGUGUUGGCGAGUGCCGGUGUCUUCCUGGGAAGUUCACUCGUGGGGAUCUUUUUCGGAUUAGCUUUGGCCAAAAUCACAAAGCAUGUCAAAGUAGAUGAUAAAGAAGCUGGCACGUAUGAGAUGACGAUGGUCCUCAUUUUUGCUUACUCGAGUUACCUCUUGGCGGAUUUGUUGUCUUUGACCGGAAUCAUUAGCGUAUUCUUUACGGGAAUCACGAUGGCGCAUUAUGCUUAUAACAAUCUUGCUCCUAGUACGGCGACUUCUUUAAAGUCCACAUUGCGAAUGAUUGGAUUUAUGUGCGAGUGCUUCAUUUUCCUGUAUCUUGGACUUGGGCUCCUGUCUUUUGGAGGCAAGACCACGUACAGCCCAAUGUUUGUUCUAUUCGCCUGUAUCUCCAUUCUCAUCUCCCGGACCCACGUCUUUGUUUUUCUUGGUUUCCGAAACUUGGCACGCAACAAAGAAGAUGCUGUUCCCUUCAACCAGCAAGUUCUGAUCUGGUUUUCCGGUCUUCGUGGUGCGGUAGCCUUCGCUCUAGGCGUCACGUUCCUUGAACACCCUGUAUUUGACGAGACAGUCAAGGGCCAAAUCUUUGGCACAACCGUCAUGGUGGUCGUGUUGACUGUCCUGGUUUUAGGCGGUUUGACUCCGUACAUGCUUCGAUGGCUUGGUCUUGUCCCGAGCGAACCGGAGGAAGGCCAUGCUGGGCAUCCCACGACGGUUAAGCCUCCAAGUGAGGCUCAGAAGGAGGCGGGAACUCCCAGUCAGGGAUAUGGAAUGGUAGAGACGGAAGGUGCAGAAGUCGAUGAGGAGGCUCAGGCCAUCGAGGCAGGCUCAAAGAAGAAUGUUGUGUUUGCUUGGCUUUACCAGUUCGAUGCAAAAUACAUUCGGCCCCACUUUACAACGCUCAGCGACCACAGCGUUCAAACUCUUGCCCAAAUCGAGGCGCAACGAGCCGCGUCCAAGCGAACGUCGCGUCAACCUUCUGCGAUCAGCAUGAAGGGCAAGGGCAAGGACCAGGACGACAACAGGGAUUCGGAUAAGAUUGAAUUAUUGAAAAGUAACCGGAGCGAGGACGUCAUGAUGGAGGCGGUCAAUUUGAAUGAUACCCCUGUGACUGGAGAUGCAGUAUAAUAUCGGAAGGAGUUUUUGCGUGGAAGAGUAGUUUGUGGAGAGGUUCAGACUGCUUUCCAUCAUGUACUGAUCAACAGUUUGAAUAAGUUCUUGGUAUAUAUAUUCUUUUCACU